CACCCCUGAAUGUCACUUUUGGUCAUUGGGGUGCCUCAUAUUGCCAGACAAGAGCUCAGACCUGAGGAGAGUGGCCAGCUUCUGUGUGUCCCAGGUGGCCAGCCUCCACUGUGGAAGCUCAUGGACUCCAUUGGAUCUGCAGGGUUGCGGCAGGGGGAAGAAGCCCUGAGUUACCCUGAGGAGGGCUUGCCCGGGCCCUCAGACAGCUCAGAGCUGGUGCAGGAGUGCCUGCAGCAGUUCAAGGUGACAGGGGCACAGCUACAGCAGAUCCAAGCCAGCCUCUUGGGUUCCAUGGAGCAGGCGCUGAGGGGACAGGCCAGCCCUGCCCCUGCGGUCCGGAUGCUGCCUACAUACGUGGGGUCCACCCCACAUGGCACUGAGCAAGGAGACUUCGUGGUGCUGGAGCUGGGGGCCACAGGGGCCUCACUGCGUGUUUUGUGGGUGACUCUAACUGGCACUGAGGGGCAUAGGGUGGAGCCCAGAAGCCAGGAGUUUGUGAUCCCCCAAGAGGUGAUGCUGGGUGCUGGCCAGCAGCUCUUUGACUUUGCUGCCCACUGCCUGUCUGAGUUCCUGGAUGUGCAGCCUGUGAGCAAACAGGGUCUGCAACUUGGCUUCAGCUUCUCUUUCCCUUGUCACCAGACGGGCCUGGACAGGAGCACCCUCAUUUCCUGGACCAAAGGUUUUAGGUGCAGUGGUGUGGAAGGGCAGGAUGUGGUCCAGCUGCUGAGAGACGCCAUUCAGAGGCAUGGGGCCUACAACAUCGACGUGGUUGCCGUGGUCAACGACACAGUGGGCACCAUGAUGGGCUGUGAGCUGGGGGCCAGGCCGUGUGAGGUUGGGCUAGUUGUAGACACGGGCACCAAUGCGUGUUACAUGGAGGAGGCACGGCAUGUGGCAGUGCUGGAUGAAGACCGGGGCCGCGUCUGUGUCAGCGUCGAGUGGGGCUCCUUCAGUGAUGUUGGGGCGCUGGGGCCGGUGCUGACCACCUUCGACCACACCCUGGACCAUGAGUCCCUGAAUCCUGGUGCUCAGAGGUUUGAGAAGAUGAUUGGAGGCCUGUAUCUGGGUGAGUUGGUGCGGCUGGUGCUGGCUCACUUGGCCCGGCGUGGGGUCCUCUUUGGUGGCGGCACCUCCCCUGCCCUGCUGAGCCGAGGCAGCAUCCUCCUGGAACACGUGGCUGAGAUGGAGGACCCCUCUGCUGGGGCAGCCCGUGUCCAUGCUAUCCUGCAGGACUUGGGCCUGAGCCCUGGAGCUUCAGAUGUUGAGCUUGUGCAGCACGUGUGUGCGGCCGUAUGCACACGGGCUGCCCAGCUCUGCGCUGCCGCCCUGGCCGCUGUUCUCUCCCGCCUCCAGCACGGCCGGGAGCAACAAACACUCCAGGUCGCUGUGGCCACCGGAGGCCGAGUGUGUGAGCGGCACCCCAGGUUCUGCAGCAUCCUGCAGGGGACAGUGAUGCUCCUGGCCCCGGAAUGCGAUGUCUCCUUCAUCCCCUCUGCGGAUGGUGGUGGCCGGGGAGUGGCGAUGGUGACUGCCGUGGCUGCCCGUCUGGCUGCCCACCGGCGCCUGCUGGAAGAGACCCUGGCCCCGUUCCGGUUGAACCAUGAUCAGCUGGCAGCGGUUCAGGCACAGAUGCGGAAGGCCAUGGUCAAGGGGCUCCGAGGGGAGGCCUCCUCCCUUCGCAUGCUGCCCACUUUCGUCCGGGCCACGCCUGACGGCAGCGAGCGAGGAGAUUUCCUGGCCCUGGACCUCGGGGGCACGAACUUCCGUGUCCUCCUGGUACGUGUGACCACAGGUGUGCAGAUCACCAGCCAGAUCUACUCCAUUCCUGAGAGUGUGGCCCAGGGCUCUGGGCAGCAGCUCUUUGACCACAUUGUGGACUGCAUCGUGGACUUCCAGCAGAAGCAGGGCCUGAGUGGGCAGAGCCUCCCACUGGGUUUUACCUUCUCCUUCCCAUGUAGGCAGCUUGGCCUGGACCAGGGCAUCCUCCUGAACUGGACCAAGGGUUUUAAUGCAUCAGACUGCGAGGGCCAAGAUGUCGUGAAUCUGUUGCGGGAAGCCAUCACGCGCAGACAGGCAGUGGAGCUGAAUGUGGUUGCCAUUGUCAAUGACACGGUGGGGACCAUGAUGUCCUGUGGCUAUGAGGACCCCCGUUGCGAGAUAGGCCUCAUUGUCGGAACCGGCACCAAUGCCUGCUACAUGGAGGAGCUCAGGAAUGUGGCGGGCGUGCCUGGGGACUCAGGCCGCAUGUGCAUCAACAUGGAGUGGGGUGCCUUUGGGGACGAUGGCUCUCUGGCCAUGCUCAGCACCUGCUUUGAUGCAAGUGUGGACCAGGCGUCCAUCAACCCCGGCAAGCAGAGGUUUGAAAAGAUGAUCAGCGGCAUGUACCUGGGGGAGAUCGUCCGUCACAUCCUUUUACAUUUAACCAGCCUUGGCGUUCUCUUCCGGGGCCAGCAGACCCAGUGCCUUCAGACCAGGGACAUCUUCAAGACCAAGUUCCUCUCUGAGAUUGAAAGCGACAGCCUGGCCCUGCGGCAGGUCCGAGCCAUCCUAGAGGAUCUGGGGCUGCCCCUGACCUCAGAUGAUGCCCUGAUGGUGCUAGAGGUGUGCCAGGCCGUGUCCCAGCGGGCUGCCCAGCUCUGCGGGGCGGGUGUAGCUGCUGUGGUGGAGAAGAUCCGGGAGAACCGGGGCCUGGAAGAGCUGGCAGUGUCUGUGGGGGUGGAUGGAACGCUCUACAAGCUGCACCCGCACUUCUCCAGCCUGGUGGCAGCCACGGUGCGGGAGCUGGCCCCUCGCUGUGUGGUCACGUUCCUGCAGUCAGAGGAUGGGUCUGGCAAAGGUGCAGCCCUGGUCACCGCUGUUGCCUGCCGUCUUGCACAGCUGACUCGUGUCUGAGGAAAUCUCCAGGCUGAGGAGGUCUCCACCGCAGCCUUGCUGGACCUGGGUCGGGGUCUGCCUGUUUCCCAGCCAGGCCCAGCCACCCGGGAUUCCCGGGACAUCCCAUGUGUGACCCCUCUAAGGCCAUUUGGCCUUGCUCCCUGGCUUUCCCCGAGAGAAGUAGCACUCAGGUUAGCAAUAUAUAUAUAUAAUUUAUUUACA